AUGUUAGCCGAGGAGGCAGAGUCUUGUGCGCGCUUGGCUGUGACGCUGGAUGUUGGAACCAUCGAUACCAUACGCCUGACCAUGCGUUUGCUUGUGCCUGUGGACAACGGUGGUUGUCCAGAAGACAUUGAGUGGCAUUUCAUUGGUCAUUUGCAGCGCAACAAGGUCAAGCAGCUGGCUGCCGUGCAGGGUUUGGCCAUGGUAGAGACAGUGUCGAGCCAGAAGCUCGCUGACGCUCUGAACAAGACGUUUGCCGAGCAAGAGCGGACCGUCUCGGUCCUCAUUCAGGUUAACACGAGCCGUGAGGAGAACAAGCACGGCGUGCUAGAGGAUGAAGUGGUGGCCGUGGCCAAGCAUAUCACUGCCUCAUGCCCAGCUCUUCGACUAUGCGGUUUGAUGACCAUCGGCAACCUUGAGCAAUCUUUGGCUCCGGAGGAAACAAACCCCGACUUUGAGACACUGGUUCGGUGUCGGGCGGCAGUGGCGAGCGAACUCGGCCGUGAUGCAGAGGAGCUCGAGCUCAGCAUGGGCAUGUCGUCCGAUUACGAGACAGCUAUUCGUCAGGGCAGCACCAACGUGCGAGUGGGAUCAACCAUCUUUGGAGCUCGACACUACGCCCCCAAGUAGCCAACGGCUGACUUCUUCCCAUGCAAUUCAAACUUGUUCGUGCC